AUGUUGCCUUUCAAGAGAACUUUUGACAGCGAGAAACAGCAGCUGCAGCAGCUCAACGGCAGACUCGCUCAGUAUCUGUCCAGGACGAAGCAACUGGAGCAGGAAAAUGCGCAUCUCAUCUGUGAAAUCAACAAACUCCGACAGGUGAGGGUGGCCGACCGGGAGCCGAGGUUCAAGGAGGAGAUGCGGGAUCUGAGGAGAAUGGUGGAGCAGCUGUCGUUUGAGAAGUCCCAGGCGGAGAUGGAGAAGGAGAAGCUAUGGCGGGAGUUGCAGAUGGUCCAGUCUCUGUGCAGCGAGCAGACGGAUGUGUGCAGGGACAUCGGCACCGAGCUGAAGGGCCGUGGGAUGGAGCUCAACCAAGCUCACAAGACGAAUAGUGAACUCCAGCAGCGUUUGGUACAACUCGAGAAUGAGUAUAAGCGGUUGGAGGACGCGCACAGGCAAGAAAUGCUCCGUCUGCAGCGUCAGGUGGAUUCUCGGGUGGUGCCCAUCAUUACGCAAACUUACCGUGGGCCUCCGGCGGCCUCCAUGGAGGAGAUACAAGAGUACGCCCGAGGACUGUCCGAGGGGUGGAUGGAGACUUUUGAGAUGUAUCAGCAGAAAGUGGAGGAGAUGGAGCAGUCGAUCAAAGCCGACCAGGCGAGGCUGGGUGAUAUGCAGAGGGAGAAGAUGCUGUACAUGUCAGAGAUGGAGAAAUUACACAGAGAAGCUGAAAAACAGGGCAAGAUUCAACUGCGGCUGGAGGAGGAGCUGAUGAACAUGCAGGACAAAUUUCGGGGGGACGUGGGUGAAUAUCAGGUGAGGAAAGGUUCAUUCUUUUAUAGAUUAUUCUUCACUUUAAACAAAUUAAAAUAUAUUGCAUUUAGGAACUCUAAAACUGUUUAUUAGGUAAUAGUAAACCUCAAAUGGCCGAUUGGAUACUGACAGAAACCCCCCCUGUAUCACAUUGAGCCAAGAGAGAGAGGGGUGAGUCUGCUCCCUCUUGAACCAGCCACACCCACUCUUCUUAAAGGGGCUGAUCCAGCUGUCUGUCUGAUCCAGCUGUCUGUCUGGUCCUUGAGCUCUAACAGGCUUAAACAGUGUUGAACUAUUCACCUAAUGUACAGAAAAGCUGUAAAUAGGUCUGGACAUGGUGACAUUUUGAUGCACCAAUUUAGAAGCACGCUCAGACGCCUGUUAUGUAAUUUAUAUUGAUGCAACAUUCAGUUUAACAACACUACCGAGUGUCAAAGCAUGGGAUCUUAGGUGCACCAUCUGACCUUAGUGUAAAAGGAUUGAUUUGCUUGAAAGGCCAGAAGACAUCUGGCCUCCCUGGGACUUUAUAGCUGCUAGAUUACACUAGCCACUUAAACCAAUUAGCUGUCAGACUGACAAAUCCCUAUUAGCUUCCUAAAGAUGGAGCCCUAAGCAGGUCAGUCAGUAACACCGUACUACAAUAGUCAGACUGUAGGGAGGUCUUUAACAGAACAUACUAUCGAAUAGCUCUCACUGUUUUACAUUUAAAGCUGCCAUGAGGAGUUUUUUUAUGUAAACGAAAUGGCCUGAAAUCCACAUUGAUGCCUUUUUAUGAUGUACAAAAGCAGCCAAGACCAUCAUAACAAGACUGUACAUUCGUAUGCUGUCAUUUUAAUUUCUCAAACUGGUGCAAGGGGGUAGGUGUCUGGAGAAAAAGUUCUGUUUUUACAAUUUUCCCUUUAAAUAUUCAAUAAAGGAUGAAUUUGAUGGUCAAAAUCAGCAGAAUAAGAGUUUUUGUUUGAAGACACUACUUGAGCACAUAGACUGUAUAUAGAAUAGACAGCAUCUGCCUCCUCAAUGGGUGAAGCCACUCUGAGAACAGCACCCUCUGGUGACGGGCUGCAGUAUAGGUCAUAAAUCCCGCCUACGCUAGCAAAGCUUAUGGAGCUGUGGACAAACUUUAGAAAUUUAUUACACAGAACAUACAUUUUUCUCCCCCCUGCUUGUGAUGUUGACAUGUAGUUAUUGUAAGACUGGUUUGUGCUCAAGUCCUCUUUUUUCUGUACAUCUCCAUUUUUAAAAGUUAUUAGGGGGUUCAUGUGUUCUAUAAUUGACACUUGAUACAGCCUAUGGGAGUACAAGGAUUGCGUAGCUCACCAGGGGAUAUGCUUUUGAGCCGAGGGUCAUCACAGCGACUUUCGGCGACUCUCCCGCUGAAUGCAUACAACGCUACUGAACGGAAAUGGAGAAAAAUGCGGAAUUACCGAGAGCAUUAUUGGCUUCAAAUCCGUAUAUCUGUAUAUACUGGCAGAAAGCGGAACAAAGUUGUCCAUAGUAAAUACAGUCUAUGCUUGAGCAUGUAGCAGAUUAGAUAAGCACAGACUGCUUUGUCAACAACAGCAAAAUUGAAACAAACUGAAAGUUCCUCACGGGGACUUUAAGCAUUGAAGGUUCAGUAAAGCUGCAUUGAGGGGGCUCCAAACAGAAAAAAAUAUUUAUCAGCACUGGAACUGAAUGUCAUGUCAGUUUUCGUAACAUUGUGGAGAAUCUUAUUUAAACAGUAUUUCAGUUCAAAUGUAUUGCAGCCAACGGACAGACCACAGACUUUAAAAGUAAACUUAUAAUGUUUGUACUUUGUGUGUCUUGCAGAUGAUAAUCGAUCAGCUGGAGCAUGAGAGGAAUAUGAUGGCAAACACGAUUGAAGACAAGAUGAAAGAGCAUCAGCACCUCCUGCAGGUGAAGAUGGAUCUGGGCAUGGAGGUGGCAGCCUACAGGUGAUGAGCUUUUUAGCUAAAGACCCACUCUGAUGAAAAUCAUGUUUUUCUUGUUGUCUACAUGUUCAUAUGGCAUUUUUCUGAUGCUACAGGACACAUCACGAGUGCGAAAUUUCACUUCUAAGUAUUUUUGCAUUAAAAUCGCUGUGAGUCUCUGGCAGACCCAAACGGCGGGCUCAGAUACAGUGAGAUUUCCUAUGUAACAAAUCCAAGCUCCACCCCUGGAGCCCCACUAUGCAGGCCAGACUUGUAAAAGUAGACAGAACAAGUGUGUGAGUUAGCAGCAUGCAAUGCUCGAAAGAAAGUUAGUUAUAAUAUUAGCUUUCAUCAUGCCCCCAAAGUCAUUAGUGUCCAAGAGCUGAAUAGCUCCUACGUUACCUGCCACUUCUACUACAACAGCAAUGUUAGGCUGCAAGCUAGCGCGAAGACGAGCGUGUAGAGCAGCGCUGUCUCUGCCCACAACUCAGAGAUGAAUUGCUAAUGAGCUACUGGAGCUCUGCAGAAGAAAAGCUCUUGUUGAUGACACAGGUAAUGGGAUUUAUCAAAAAAACGUCAUCAUCACAACUUAAAGACCACUGAUGACACUUUCAGGAGUAAAAUAAAAAGGAUCCGAGUUGGACUUUGAAUACAUUUUUUUGUGUUAUUAAUUCAAUAAGAACAAACACUUUGGAAAGAAUAUAAAUUGACUAUAUCUUCCUCUUUGGACCCUCAAAGUGGUCCAACAGAGAGCUAGCAUGCACAAUAAAGGUUAGCUAAAUAUAACUCAGCUUUCACAUGUUUUAUUCACAUCACCUUUGCUUCUCCUACACUUGCAUGAAAUGCUCUAAGUGAAAAAGUCGCAUAGAAACUGCUGCUUCGUGUUGGGACUCGUGAUUUUGUGCUAAAAAAAGGAAACACUACAUUAACAGUUUACUAGUUAAUAUGUUGUCGACAAGCUUAAAUCACCAGGUGACAAAAACUGAGACUACAGCCUUUUUUCUAAGAGGGAUGAAGAUCUAAUCUGUACAACAGCACUUAUGAAACUAAAGUCAGACAGAUUAUUGGUUAAUAGCCACCCCACCCCACCCCCACACUGAUUGAAGUUACACUAAGCUUAAUGAGUCUUAAUAAGUGAUUUCCUGAGAGGAAAUCAGCUGUUUGCUUCAUGUUGUCAUGACAAUGACUGUUCUCUGCCCACUCGCAGAAACAAACUAAAAUAUAUUGCAUAUAUUUCCACAAAGCUGUUUAUACUUUAUCUCUGAAUUAUUGAACGGUUUAUAAAGGGUAAAUUAAAUCUGUCCCCCUGCAUCCCUUUAAAGAAUGGUAUGUCCAGGUCACAGCCCUACAGACUAUUUUUAUCAAAAAGCUAUAUUUAAAGCAUCACUACACAUACUGGAUCAGUCUGUUUGGACCAUUUCCUUAUACCUCAUAUCCCAGGAUAUUAAUAAAUGUUUUAAUGCAGUUGUGGUAUGAAGAACACUAGAGACAAAACAAAAGUUUGUCAGUACUUAGGACAAUCCCCCCGGAAAUUCACUUAAGUCUAAUCAGCGUCAUUUGUUUUAUUAGACAUUAAGUCCAUUAGCACAUGUUCUGUUUUGAAUUUUUGGAAUAGGCCGGAUGUUUUCACAGAGAUGUAGCCAUGGCAUGUGUUUUGUAUAUGUCAUGAGUCAGUUUUUGCUCUGGGAUUUAUUGGGAAGCACGGACAGCCCCGCACUGUAGCUGUUAUUUUUAGGUCAGUCUUUAGGAAGGCACUCUCCAGAGAGGUUGUUCCCUUUGAGACACUUCAGUUUGCUUGUUGAAGCAUGACUGAAGAAAGGUGAACAGUUUCAGCUACUAAUUACGGGGACUUUAUAACAUCACAGCGGCUUGUUGUGUUUUUGAUAUUUACCGCCUUAUAUGGACAGGAGCUGGGCUCAUACUUUCUUACAAGCCUGUAGCAUUUAGUUGGAAAUGGCUGAGCUGGAUGAAGUACAGCGUCUUGUGAGGUAUUUCUCUCUGAACUUUUUUUCUGUUUAUGGUAAAAAAAGAUCAUAAGCAAUUAGCUCACAAUUAACUGUUUAUUUUUUUAUCUUUCCUUUUUUAGGGCUCUCCUGGAAGGUGAAAGGCUGGGUCUCCAAGCUCCUCAGAGGAGAGGCACACACCACCAAAGAGAAAGAAUAAUAGGUACUGUAUGAGAAUAAUGGAUGGGGUAAAACUGAUAAUAAGAGAACAUUUUAAGAACAAUUUUAGAGGAAAAGUUUGAAAAUAUUGAGGGGGAAUGACCUUGACCUUGAGGAAAAGAUUAAAACUAAUCUCAUCUGUGUUGUCAAACAAAAACUGGAGUUCGUCUGGGUUAUAUUUUGGACAGUUUUUGGUAAAGCAGUGAUUUUCUUGAGUGUCAGAUCCACACCUAGAAACAUUUGCUUAUACAACAUCCUGUGGGCGUUCACAGAACAGAACUUUGUUGGUUAGUAAGGCGUGUUGGUUGAAAGCUCACCACCCUCUGGUGUUUAUAGUAUUCUUGUGAGGCUUAGCUUUAACCUAUCAUCUACAUCCUGCCAAGAAAGCAAAUAAGAGCGUUUACUUUAAGUACGUACUUUAUAUCCCUUUUACAAGUUUGACUUGUUGUAAAACUUAAAUCUUGUUAAUUCUCUGCCUUAGAUAUCAAGGUUCCCGCUCAGCCUUACACUCCAAGAGCUUCAACCUUGACCACCAGACAACAAACCAGGUACACACCACCUGCUUCCAACCUGAGAAGAUCGCCUGUGCGUCCCUCUGGAUCCAUGAGUCCCUCAAGGGUCAUUCCUAUUUCAGUUGCAAGUAGAGAUCGGCAUCAGAGUCCUGCAUCCAGAAGGGACAUGAUCUCAUUUAGCAAAGCCCGCGCCUCUGCCUCUGCCCCUUCUUCCACUAUCGCAGCUGCUACCAAAGAUAAAGACACAGGCCAGCGUGCAAGCCUACCCAGCCAAACCGUACAGAAAACAAGAGCUGAUGAGAAAACUGUGACGAUCAAACAGGUUUCUCAGGGAGAGAAGCAACGCAGUUCAAUGAAGUCCUCCACUUCUGAGACCAAAUCAAUGGGAGUGGUGUCCCCGAUAAUGAUGAGUGCCAGCAAGAAAACAGUGGAAGAGAGUGAGAAGAAAGUGUCUGACAGAAAAGAGAAAGAUCAUUUUGAUGGAAGUGAGCUUAGAGAUAAGAGGAAAACUGAGUCUACAAUAGGCCCAAGUGAGAAAAAGACUUUGGACUCUGUGACUGUAGAGGAGAUUAUAGAGAAGGUGAUGAAACCAGCUGGUUUAGAAGCAAAGGUUUGCUCCUCAGGAGAUUCUAAGGUGAAGUAUCAUGUGGAGAAAACUGAGCAGGAGGAUGGCACGACUAAGACACAGAUUAUACUAGAGUCUAAGGUGGAGGAAGAGCUCGACAUGUCCGAAGAAUCUGCCCUGGAUGAACUUCUGAGCCAAGGAGUUAAGAAAGUGUCUCUGGAGGACAUCAAGGACACAGCUACAAGUACCAUGAUCAAGAACCUGCUAAGUGGCCUACAGGGAACGGAAGACCUUCAAAAUAAGUCUGUAAACGUUGAAAUCAUUGAAGAACCCGUGGAGACUUACAGUGAUGAGGAGUUUGAGGUUGAACAGAAGUCCAGAUCUACUUUCUAUGAACCUUCCUCGACAUAUUUCCAAAUUGAGGAGCUAGAAAAUGUAUCUCAAGAUACUCCAUUUCGGAUAAGUGAUGAUGAUGCUAGAAAAACCUCCAAGACAGACACAGAUCAGUGGAGAGUCGGAUCUGUUCAAGUUGAAGAGGUUUCCAGAGAGAGUGAAUAUUUCUCCCACGACCGGGAGCCUCAUGAGUACUUUGUCUCCACCCCUGAUGAAAAUCUCUCUGAAUCUGAGGAGGGUGUUGGCAUCACCUCAUACGGUCAUUAUGGUCUUGUAGACGACCUGUCAGAUGAGAAGUACUAUCAAGAUGAAGUUCUUCCCCCAAAACGAGUGAUUGUAGAAGAAAGUGACCAACACAUGUCAAAGUCAGGUGUUGACUCGUUUUACAAGGAGAGUUUCCCAGAGUGCAUCAUUGAAGAAGAGGUUCGUGUCUCGCCGAUAGUUCAGGAAUCAAUGCUUGAAUUCCUGAGAGAAGACUCGUUGGAGCCCAAAGAGCAGCUCAAGGGAGCUCUUGAGAAGCUAAAAAGCUCUGUGUCAGGUCCACUGAAGGAAGAGCUGGCCUUCCUCACAAAAGUCAGCAGUGAGAGUCCCGGGAAUGUGGCUGUUAAAAAAGUGCAACAGUCAAGUGAUAAUGGCACCAUGACGAUAGUUGCAGAGCUGAAUGUCUCUCAAACCCUGGAGGACUCUGGGCUGCUGGAGGCAGGAGAUGAUCUCUCUGAGGAGCAAAUCUUGGCAACUCUCAAAUCCUCUAACCUAGGUCUUGAGAAAGUCUUGCAAGGUGGAGCUGGAGGAGGAUACAGCUUCAAAAUAUCCAAAGAAGAAGAAAUAAAGUAUGGGGAGGAGUUUGAUGAAGGUUCUGAGAAACAUAUUGAGCUGGGGCCGUCAGAGAAAUCCUUCCAAGGUGCCCAUCCUGAGGUGAUUUCUCAGGAGAAGAGAGUUGCUACUCUUUACCUUGAAAGCCCCACAGAUGAUUAG